UUUUUUUUAAUAAAUUAUUAGUUUGAGCAAUUUGACAUGGAAUACUAGAUAUUGCAGUCGGGACAAUCUUGGGGAAUCUUAUAUUUGAGUAUCAACCUUAUCCACCGUCGCCGAUUUCCAUCCGUGCUCUUUUUUGGACUUCAUCGCCGAACUCAACGAAUCAACUCGAUCGUUUCUGGAGCUGGAAGAAUCUGGUUCAGCACCGAUGAAGAUCCAUUACAUUCCUUGCUUGGAAGACAACUACUCUUACCUGAUCAUCGAUGAGAGCACUAAAGAAGCAGCGGUCGUUGAUCCUGUGGAGCCAGAGAAGAUUCUGAAUGUUGCUAAUGAACAUGGCGUCCAUCUCAAGCUCGUUCUUACGACUCAUCAUCACUGGGAUCAUGCGGGGGGCAAUGAGAAAAUAAAGCAGCUGGUUCCUGGAAUUAAAGUAUAUGGCGGUUCCAUUGAUAAGGUCAAGGGUUGUACAGAUGCAGUAGAAAAUGGGGAUAAGAUAACACUCGGUGCUGAUGUUGUUAUAUUGUCUCUUCAUACACCUUGCCACACCAAAGGGCAUAUAAGUUAUUACGUCUCUAGCAAAGAGGGUGAGGACCCAGCUGUCUUCACUGGUGAUACACUGUUCAUUGCUGGGUGUGGUAAGUUUUUUGAGGGAACAGCAGAGCAGAUGUAUCAAUCUCUAUGCGUCACAUUGGGUUCACUGCCAAAGCAAACACGAGUGUAUUGUGGCCAUGAGUAUACGGUGAAGAACUUGCUGUUUGCUCUGACAGUUGAACCAGACAACGAGAAGAUAAAAGGUAAGUUGUUGUGGGCUCAGGGCCAGCGGCAAGCCGGACACGCCACUGUUCCCUCGACCAUUGAAGAAGAAAUGGAGACAAAUCCUUUCAUGCGAGUUGAUCUACCUCAACUUCAGGAGAGGGUAGGUAGUCAUUCUCCGGUAGAAGCUAUUGGAGAAAUCAGGCGGCUAAAGGACAUCUGGAAGGGUUAAGUUGACUGAUACCAAACCCAUGUCAUAGUUUGGGGACAGAAUCUGCUGAUAAGAAAGCUUGCGCGUGGCUUUACGCUGUGUAGUAAAGGGUGCAACUGCAACUUUCUUUCUUUCAACUGUGGUAAUUACCAUUAUGUUUCACACUUUUAUAUGGCGUUGGAGUCUUGUGCAUAUUACAUAAUGUUUCUUUGAUUCCCAAAAUGGGGUAUUCUUAGCCCAUAUGGUAUGGUAAAAAUUUGAGAAUAUCAUUUUAUCUAA